AUGACUUGUCAGGCGGCAGCUCGGGGGAGCUUCCUCCGUACUCUGCACCUCAGUGCUCACUCUCGCCCGACUGGCGUGAUCGGCCGGCAGAACCAACUCCGUCACAUUUGUCUGGCUGCCAAUUCUGGCCUCACGCGUCCGCAGGCCCCAGCUCUCUGCUCCAUUCAAUGGCGACCCCAAUCGAAUUCAUUCGCAACCAGUCCGAACCAUCUCGAAACCACCAAGGCUCCUAGAACAGAGGAGAGCUCGGACAAGGGCGCCAAUGGCAAACAUGCAGAUGAUAAUUCAACUAAAAAAAAGAAGAAGCCGCUCACUGAGAAACAGAAGGAAAAGAGAGCCGCCCACCAACGCAAGCUUCAAAUUGACCAGCUCAAGGUGACUGCACUGACACCACCCAAGAAGCUGCCUCCCAAUUUCUUCUCUCUUGCUAUCGCAGAGAAGAUCAGUGAGAUGAAAGAUCUUGGUCAAUACAAGCCCGGCGAGGCAUUCACCAUUGCUGCUACGCAAGCCAAAUCUCUCAGUGCUCAGGAUGAGGAGCGACUCAAAGCCCAAGCCGAAAAAAAUAGGGCCGCUAAUACAGCUGCCUACAAGGCCUGGAUUCAAUCGCACACACCUCUUCAGAUCAAGGAAGCCAAUGCCGCUCGCCGAUUCCUCUCACGUCUUGUCAAGAAAGAUUAUCGUAACAUCACGGACGACCGCUUGGUCAAGGCACCUUCCUCCCGCUACGCUCUUUAUCUGAAAGAACGUCUCAGUUCCGGUGAAUAUCAGGCCCAAACCCAAAAAGAGGCCUUUGGAGCCAUCGCUAAAACAUGGAACGAGCUGGCCGAAUCGGAAAAAGAACACUACCACAGGUUGCACGUCGAAGAUCGUGCGCGAUACGAAAGAGAGCACCAGGAAGUAUAUGGAAUUCCGGCACCGAAGCAGGCCCAGGAACACUCGUAA